CAACCACUGCCAAGUAUUUUUGCAUAAUUCAGAAAAAUUUCGACAAAGCAUCGCAUUCAAGAAUCAGGAAAUGGUUUUCAAAUGUCAAGAAGAUAGUUUUUUAAGACAAUUCUCAUCCAAAGUAUUGUCUUGUGAGCCGGCAACAUUGGAAUGGACACCACCUGGUGAAACAAGUACAAGGAAAUUGCAAGGGUUCAAUGUAAUUUGCGAAGAUACAAUCCUUUUCCCCGAGGGUGGGGGCCAACCUUGUGAUUAUGGGCAGCUCGAUGGUCAACCAGUUCGUUCCGUAAUUCGUAAAGGAACUGAAGCAAUUCAUUUUGUUGAAAGCUCUUCGGGGUUUGAGGAAGGGAAUGUAGUUAAGCAGUCUCUAGAUUGGAACCGUCGUUUGGAUAACAUGCAACAGCACUCGGGUCAACAUCUGAUAACAGCUCUAUUUGAUCGAGAAUUUAAAUAUGAUACUACAUCCUGGUGGCUAGGUUCCGACACUUCUUACAUAGAAUUAGAUACAACACAUCUCAUUAGCCGUGAGUCAUUAGAUACUAUUGAACGUAAGGCUAAUGAGUUAAUACGUGAGGCUCGUGCAGUCACAGUUGAACUGGUGGAUCCUGAAAUCGCGAUAGAGUUCGCAGACGCACGUGCCCCUCGGGGCUUACCAAAGGAUCAUGUCGGCCUUGCUCGUGUUGUACGCAUUGAAGGAAUUGAGAGUAACAUGUGCUGCGGUACACAUGUUAGUAACUUGUCCCAAUUGCAAAGUGUUAAAUUGUUAUAUGCCGAAAAAGUUAAAAGUGCUGUGAAUGUGCACUUCGUGGUAGGAGAACGAGUCCUACGAAAACUUGGAGAAAUUUUUCAACGGGAACAACAAAUGAAUUUAGCUUUAAAAGGUGGUCCAACUCAACAUUUGGAAUUGUUACAAAAACUUCAAUCUAAUUUAAAAUCAUCUACGAAGGCAUUUCAAAAAUUACUCAAGGAUGUUGCCAUCUCAGAAGCUGAGAAAUUGGAAAACACACCUCGACCCUAUCCAAAGUAUUAUUGCCUCCAUAGGAAGGAUGGCAUUGAACCAGAUUUCAUAAAUACAUUUUUGCGAAAUGCACCAGAGGGUAUUUUCUACUUUCUAACUGUUUCCGAAAGUACAUCUAAUAACGGUAAAGGCCUUAUGGUACUAAGAGGAGAUAGGGGCGAUGUGCAGAAGUUUGGACCAAUAUUUUUGGAAUUGUUAGAAGGUAAAGGAAAUGGACGCGAAACUAAUUUUCAAGGCAAAUUUAACAAUGGAAGCAAAAUUCCAGAUUGUAAUGCUUUAUUAGAGAAAUACUUCAAUGGUGAAAAAAAUAAAGAAUAAAUUAGUAGGAAUUUAUUUUUUAUUAUGA